AUGAACGGGAUUUCAGUGUACGUUAUACUGUGUUUAUUAAUGUUAUUUUAUCAUGGAAAUGGUCAAGUGCAACAACUACUGAAUAAGUUGGCCUGCAUCGAGCACGAAAAAUGUGGAGCAUGUCUGGCUGCUGCAUCCCAUUGUCGCUGGUGCGCAGAUCCUUACUACACUUCUGGUGCACCUAGAUGCAAUGAUGAUGAAAGUCUAGUGAACACCGGAUGCAGUCAAGGAUUCAUACAGCGCCCCGAGAAGGACGUAUGGGAAGUAUUGCAGAACAGUUCACUUCAAGACAUGAUGCCAAACAGCGAAGAUAAUGUGGUCCAGAUACAGCCGCAGAAGAUAAGGCUUUCUCUCAAACCACGUGAGACAAAAAAGAUACAGUUUUCCUUCCGACCUGCCAAAAAUUAUCCCUUAGACUUAUAUUACUUGAUGGAUCUCACUUGGUCGAUGAAGGAUGACAAGGAAACUCUGGUGUCUUUGAGAGAUGACCUACCAAUAUUGUUGAAGAAUCUUACAGACAACUUCAGACUCGGUUUCGGAAGUUUUGCGGAAAAGCCUUUGAUGCCAUUUAUAAGUACAGAUGCUAGAAGGCGUGCAAAUCCCUGCUCUGUCGAAGAAGUGGCUUGCGAAGCGACCUACAGUUAUAAACAUCAUUUAUCCUUAACGAAUCAGAUAAACGAAUUUAUCGAGCAUGUAAACAGUAGUUCAGUGACAGCCAAUUUAGAUAAUGCUGAAGCUCAGUUAGAUGCUCUUGUGCAAGUUAUCUCCUGUGGUGACAAAAUCGGAUGGUCUACACGAAGCCGAAAGAUUGUUAUCUUGCUCUCUGACGGACUGAUGCACAUAGCAGGGGAUGGAAAGCUUGGUGGGGCCACGAAGAAAAACGACGAGACUUGUCAUUUAGACGACAACGGGUAUUACUCGGACGCAGCAACUUACGACUAUCCAUCGAUUGCGCAAAUGUUUAGACUCUUGGAUAAGUACAAGGUCAAUGUAAUUUUUGCGGUCACGGAAAGCGUAAAAGAUCAUUAUGAUAGCCUGAACCAAUUGCUCGAAGAUUAUACGUAUGUCGCUAAGCUGGAAAGCGACAGUUCGAACAUAUUAAAGCUAGUCAAAAUGGGAUAUGAAGACAUCGUUAGUGUCGUGAAUUUUCAAGACAAUUACGGUUCGGGGCCAUUGAAGAUUCGCUACUUUACCGAUUGUGGCAUAAAGGGCGGUCCGUUGGUGGAAGAAACUAAAUGCACCGGAGUAGAAUAUGGAAUGAUCCUUCGAUAUGAAGCUCAUAUUACGCUUGAAUCAUGUGUAGAAUUUAAAUCAUCUAAAGAAGUAAUUCGGAUAUCAGAAACCCAACUGGGCCAGGACGCCUUAACAUUAGAAGUUGAGAUUCAAUGUGGAUGCCAGUGCAAUAUCGAAUCCUCAAAAACCAUGACGCUCAUGUGUCCCGUGAACUCGCACAUGGUGUGCGGUGUAUGUCAGUGCAACGAAGGAUGGUCAGGUCCGUUAUGUGACUGUUCUAUAGGAGAUGAGAAAGCGUCCGCCGAGCUCAUGGCUCAGUGCCGCGAACCAAAUGCAACACGCACCAUAGCUUGUUCGGGAGCUGGUGAUUGUUUGUGCGGCAAAUGUGAAUGCGAUCCAGGGUUCAAUGGCAAAUAUUGUCAGUGCAAGUCUUGUGAGAUUAGUAUUGAGAACGGCAUUGAGUGUGGUGGCAUAGGGCGCGGGGACUGCGUGUGCGGCACGUGCGCGUGCGCCCCUGGUUGGAGUGGCGCCGCUUGCGACUGCACCGAUAAGAAUGACACCUGUGUACCACCUAACGACGGAGAUAUGUGCUCUGGGCAUGGAGAGUGUGUGUGCGGUCGAUGUGAAUGUUCCGUCGCAGACGACAACGGCUUCAAAUAUUCGGGACUAUUCUGCGAAACUUGUGCUACGUGUGAAAAUCCUCUUUGUAUGCAUGCUGAACCUUGUGUCACAUGCCACUUGUCACAGAACAAUAACUGCACAGAUGUUUGCAGUAAUGGAAAUGUCAACUAUACUCUCAGCGAGAAUUAUAUGGCUAUAGAAGCGAGUACAGACGAAACGACUUGCAUAUUACGACUGCAAAACGAUGACAGCGAAGGUUUGGAAUGUCAGUACACGUACACCUACACCGCAGCAUCCGACUCCUUGGUAGGCGUAGAAAUUGUCAUCAGAUCCAAAGAGUGUUACCAACCAACGAGUGCUAAAAUCAUGACCAGUGGUCUCGUCAUCAUGGGCUGUGUGAUAGCAGCUGGGCUAGUGGGAAUCAUGGUUGUCAGAACAGGGCAAAUUGUGUCUGACAGAAGAGCAUAUGCAAGGUUUGUCAAAGAAGCUCAAGAAAGUAGAAAGAACAUGCAAGAAUUAAAUCCUUUGUACAUAUCGCCUAUAUCUGAGUUUAAACUGCCUGAUUCUUUUCCUAGGGAUAAAAGUGAUUAG